AUGAUCCGAGGAAUUUUCCUUACAGGACUGUUGAUCCUUCUUUGUCAAGAGAUGCACGUAAUGACUCAUGUGCUGAGCCGACCAAACUCUGCAAACACCAUCGCUAAGCUAAAGGGCUUUUUGCAGCAGUUUGAGGAAGCCUUGGCCAGUGAGGAGCCAGCUGACAAAGCCGUGGAUUAUGAGGAUGCUACCCUCUCUACAGAGCAGGGCCAGCCUGAAAUGGCAUGGCAAAGUGACAGCGAGGCCCAGAACACAGCCAGGGAAGAUGGCACUCCUCGCGGGGGGUACGAGGCACAGAGGAACCGCCUGAUGGAUCUGUUGACAGCCACCCGGAGCAAAACUUUCUCUGGCUGCUUUGGAGGGCGACUAGACCGCAUCGGGUCAUCAAGCGGCCUUGGCUGUAACUCAAAGAGAGGUUAG